UGCAGCCUGUUGGGAGGGUCCGGGCUUUGUUUACUGCCUGUUGAUUGGUCGAAGGAGAAUGACCGCUUAAUUGUUAGACAUUAGUGUGACUCCUCUGGAUGAAAUGUCAUUUCUUUUUAUUAGCGAUGUCCGAUAAAUGCUUUAAAAUGUAAUAUCGGAAGUUAUCGGUAUCUGUUUCAAAAUUAUCGGUAUCGCUUUUAAAAAGUUAAAUUAAUUUUUAAAACGCCGCUGCGUACUCGGACGUAGGGAGAAGUACAGAGCGCCGAUAAACCUUAAAGGCACCGCCUUUGCUGCCGGCCCAUCCAGUCACAUAAUAUAUACGGCUUUUCACACACACGAGUGAAUGCAAGGCAUACUUGGUCAACAGCCAUACAGGUCACAUUGAGGGUUAGUAACAACAUUAACACGGUUACAAAUAUGCACCAUACUGUGAACCCACACCAAACAAGAAUGACAAACACAUUUCGGGAGAACAUCCGCACCAUAACACAAAACAAAUACAACAGAAGAAAUACCCAGAACCCCUUGCAGCACUAACUCUUCCAGGACGCUACAAUAUACAGCCUCCUCAACCUCCUCAUGCUCUCUCAGGGAGAGCAUGUCCCAAAUUCCAAACUGCUGUUUUUGAGGCGUGUUGAAAAAAAUAAUGCACUUUGUGACAUCAAUAAUAAAUAUGGCAGUGACAUUUUGGCAUUUUUUUCCAUAACUUGAGUUGAUUUAUUUUGGAAAACCUUGUUACAUUGUUUAAUGGAUCCAGCGGGGCAUCACAACAAAAAUUAGGCAUAAUAAUGUGUUAAUUCCACGACUGUAUAUAUCGGUAUCGGUAAUUAAGAGUUGGACAAUAUCGGACAUCGGCAAAAAGCCAUUAUCGGACAUCUGUAGUUUUUAUCUUCCUGGCUGAAUUCAUUGUGGCGUUACUGUGACAUCAUUGUGAAACAAUCCUGUUAAUAACUCUGUAGCCAAAGUUGGCUUUAAGGGCCUCUGAUGAUGUUGUCUCCGUGAUGACAUUGUGACGGGAAGUGAGUCGCUUGACCUGGUUUAUACUGUGGCGUUGUGAUUUUUCAGCAUCAGCACAUUUGGCGUCUUGUUGGUUUUUUUCCACCUACGGUAACUACUUGAUGCUUAUCACUAAGCAACUUCCUCAGAUGUCGCUGCUUUCAUCUCGGUCGGAAAAACAUCCGCAACUUUGAUAACCAAGAAAUCACCUAACCCACAUCUUACAUUUGGUAUUUUCACUGAUAUUUUCAAGAAUAUUUUACUUUUUACUGUUUGACUUUCUCCUCCUCAGUCAAUUUUUUUCAUGCACAUUCAAUUAAUUUGGGUAAAAUAACUAAGGCUUUUUUAUUUAUUUUUUUGAUACUGCAAAUUUGGUUAUCAAUGUGAUAUCAAGUAGAUAAAGGACCGCCGAUCCAGAUACUGUAUACUUGAAAUUGUCUCAGAUCAUUGAUUUGGUUUUUAUGACUAUAAUCAGAAUACAACAAAGGAUACAGAUUUUGAGCAAACUGAAAGUUUUUAUCAACAAACAUAUUUGUAAAAAUAUAACCACAACAAUAUAACUAUCCAUCCAUCCAUUUUCUACCGCUUGUCCCUUUCGGGGUCGCAAGGGGUGCUGGAGCCUAUCUCACUAUAUAAUUUGUAUUACAUAUAGUUGUUUGAAUCAAAUUAAGUACAAAAUAAGUUUUUUUUUUUUUUUUUAAAAAGGGCAAAAGCUAUAAGGGUAAUGUUUACAAUUAGACAGGUGUCCAAAGUGUGGUGCGCGGGCCAUUUGUAGUCCACAGAAUAGUCAUGUAUCCCCAUAGCAACAGCUGUUUCGCCAUGGUAACAUGCUAGCUAGUGCAGAAGAAGGGUGACAUCAAGGCUGCAUUCAAGGAAAGUAGGAACUAAUUCUAUGAGGUCUAUGCUCUAAAAAAAUAUAUCUCAAGAAGAGCAGGCAGUCAGAGAAGGGGAAAAUUCUUUAUUUAAAAAUGAUCUGGAGUGCAUGAGAAAGUGUCGGGGAAAAAAUAAGCCAAAAUGAAUGACAAUAGAACAAAAAAAAAGUAAUCAAAAAAAUCUAAAAUUGUCGUACUUGUAACAACUCAUAAUAAUUCACUUUGUCAUUUAUAACACAAAGCUGACACAAAUUUUGUUUUAAUAAUAAUUUGAUUAGAUUUAUAUCGCGAUUUUUUUAGACACUCAAAGCACUUUACAGCGAACACAUCAUUCAUUCACUCCACAUUCACACAUUCAUGGUGCAAAGUGACAUUUGUAGCCGCAGCUGCCCUGGAGUAGACUGAUGGAAGCCUGGCUGCCAAUUUGUGCCUCGGGCCUCUUCAAAACAUUCAUACACCAGUGUAAAGGGGACCUAUUAUGCUAAACCACAUUUUCUUACCUAAUGAUGCCUGUUUUUGUGUAUUUGGGAUCUGCAUAAGUCCGGAAAGUAUUUAAUUUAUAAAACAGUCUUUAAUUAAUUCUUACUUCCCCCAUACGAACAGUUUGGAAUUUGCCUAAUUUGUUACGUUUUUCUCAAGUGUGACGUCAGCGGAUGAUCCAUACAUGGUAGAAAUUUACCCCCAGAGAUUUUGCGCGAGGCCGCCAUUGUAGUCUAACAAUGUAGUCAAUAAUCUCAUUCUUUUUUUCGAUCCACUGGCUCAUUGCACAUUCAUCCCCCGCUGUUGCCGUUUGUAAUACAAAGUAGCGUCUAGUUCUUACUUAUGUCUGUCAGUAGACUUGAUAUGGAAGCGCUUAAUAAUUACAACAAAAGAAGCAGGGAAAAAAGGCUGCCGAAGUGCAGGCACGUAAAUAAGACCGCCCACAAAACGGCGCAUCCCGGAGAGACUGUCAAAAAGCGGCUUGAAAAUGGUUUGUAAAACACAAUUUAUGCUCAUUUUUGACCAAAGAACCACCCUUUACAUGUUAUGCAGUAUAGCUAAAAAUCAAACGACCCUUUUUUAAAAUAGUGUUUUAGCAUGUUUAUAUAAGACUCACUUAAAAUCCUUUCAUUUUCUCCAAACUCGGCAGUGCGCCUAAUAUACGGAAUAAUGGGUUGGCGACUUGUCCAGGGUGUUCCCUGCCUUCCGCCCGAAUGCAGCUGAGAUAGGCUUCAGCACCUGCGUCCCCGAAAGGGACAAGCGGUAGAAAAUGGAUGGAUGGAUGGAAUUUUAGUUGUGCUUACCGACUUUGAAGCUAUUUUAUUUGGUACGUGGUUAAAUGAUAAGUGUGACCAGUAGAUGGCUCUCACACAUAAGAAAAUACGUGUAGACUGCAAUUUGACUCAAAUAAACAACAAAAUGUGUAAUGUUCCAUUGAAAAUAUAGAACAUUACACAUGGCGCUCAAAAAUCUAUCAAAAAUGUUUUAGUACGACUUUGGUAAGCUAUGAAGCCGCACCACUUGAAGGAUUGUAGUGUGCUUUAACAUAAAAGUAUUAUGGUGUGUACAAAGUAAGACAUAUUUGGCGUUUUGUUUCGCAUUAUUAUACAAAAGCAACUUUUCUUACCCUCUGGUACCUGCUGAUCUGUAUUUGGGAUCUGCAUAAGUCCUGAAAAUUUGCGCACAUCCGCCUUUGCAGUCCGUGGUGACGACGUAGUCUGUAAGCAUCUUCUUUGUCUCUUAUCUUCUUGUAAUGGGAUAUUCAUCCUCUGCUGUUGCCACUUCUAAUAUAAAGUAGUGUAAAGUUCUUGCUUAUAUCUGUCGGUAAACUCGCCCUGAAAGUACCAAUGAUUGUCACACACGUACUAGAUGUGGCGAAAUUACUCCCUGCAUUUGACCCAUCACCCUUGAUCACCCCCUGGGAGGUGAGGGGAGCAGUGAGCUGCAGCGGUGCCGCGCCCGGGAAUCAUUUUUGGUGAUUUAACCCCCAUUUCCAACCCUUAAUGCUGAGUGCCAAGCAGGGAGGUAACGGGUCCCAUUGUUAUAGUCUUUGGUAUGACUCGGCCGGGGUUUGAACUCACGACCUACCGAUCUCAGGGCGGACACUCUAACCACUAGGCCACAAAACAUACCGGUGUAGUGAGUUUACCAUUGUUCACCCGAGGAACUUUAGUUAUUUACGGAACACAUUUCCGGCGUUAUUGCACUAGUGAGCCUCGGAUGAGGAGAUGCUGCUCCGUUAUUGAUUGAAGUAAAGUCUGAAUGUCAUUAAAACAGUUAGCUCCGUCUUCUGACACUUCUUCCACUCCCGUCCUUGCACGCUACACCGCUGCAACAAAGAUGACGGGGAGAAGACGCUGCCGAAGGUGAGCCAUGUAAAUAAGACCGCCCACAAAACGGCGCAUCCUGAAGCGACUGUCAGAAAACGGCUUGAAGAUGAUCUGUAAAACAUCAUCUAUGCCACAUUUGGACCAAAGAACCACCAUUACAUGUUAUGUAGACCACAAGGAAGGGUUUUACAUUUACAAAAAAAUAUAUAUGAGACCCCUUUAAUGCGCCUUAUAAUCUGAGUAGACCCUCUCAUUGGCAGUCCGCCUUAUGGUCUGGAAAAAUACGAUAAAUGUCCCUGGCUUGAUUUGACUUUUUAGUGUCCUUGGUGGAGAAAGUUUUGGCCCCCAUUGAGCAAGACCAUUCAGUUCCUGUCAAACUGGUCAUACGGUCGGACCCACGCGGUUGCUGUCGUUGAAUUCAAGUCAAUCAAUGUUUACUUAUAUAGCCCUAAAUCACUAGUGUCUCAAAGGGCUGCACAAACCACCACGACAUCCUCGGUAGGCCCACAAGUCCUGCUGAUAUUAGCAAAUACUCCAAAAAGAUCAAACUGGAGCGUGUAAAAAUGAGAAUGGUGGGCGAAAAGAACCACUGCAAGAGUGUCCCACCGAUCUACAUUCCUCUGCCCUUCAAACAUUUCUUGGAAACUGACAAGUCCCACCACGCUGCUAGGUACUUUUUCACAGGUGAUGUCAGCGGAAAGGUUGUCAUAGUGUGAAGUGAAUUAUAUUUAUAUAGCGCUUUUCUCUUAGUGACUCAAAGCGCUUUACAUAGUGAAACCCAAUAUCUAAGUUACAUUUAAAGCAGUGUGGGUGGCACUGGUAGCAGGUGGGUAAAGUGUCUUGCCCAAGGACACAACGGCAGUGACUAGGAUGGUGGAAGCGGGAAUCGAACCUGCAACCCUCAAGUUGCUGGCACGGCCACUCUACCAACCGAGCUAUAUCACCCCAGUGUCAGCUAACAAAGGACAGUUGGUAUGACUACUACCAAGUCAUCCUAUCAAAGGUGCCUACGACGACGGAGGGACUGAAAUAUUUCUUUUGAGAGAGCUGAAUGAAUUAAAAAAGUUUAUUGUAUAACAGAAGAGAGAGAACAGGCUUAGGCGAGUCCUGGACCUCUUGGAGUCCACCACUAGCUGUGCUCUUGAGUCUUGCUGCCCCAGUCCAUUUUCAUAGAAAACUUGGAACAAUGCAGACUAUGGAAGCCUGAGGACACACCACGGUCUGACACGUAAUCCCUGAUCCAUGCUGACUUUACAUGAGAAUGAUGUGAUGGUGUGUUAAGACCAGAGGAAACCUUUAAGAGUUGAUUAAAUGUAGCUCUUACAUAUUCAUGCUUAGUGGAGAAGUGCCUAGGCCCAAUGGAACCCCAACAGGAAAUGACACCCCGUUUGAUCGAGAACUAGAAACAAUGACCUAGAAUCUGUCACUUCUGCGAAAGUGGGUCGAGCAUCGUGCUUCGUCACACCUAAAGGUGUUGUGGUUUAGAGAGGAGGAUCAAAGGGGACAACGGCAGCAGCGAUCACCAUAAAGACCCCCCAGGGAUGACUUUGCUUUGCCACUCACACAACUGAACCUCCAGCGGAGCCCGCAGAGCCUCGAAAUUGACGAUUCGAAGAAGAAUGUUUUGGUCGUCGAACGCCGCCAUCGUGAUGGUGAUGCUGCUGCAGGUGAACAUUGUGGACAGCCGCUCAGCAGUGAAACACAGACGACACUCGGGUCCCAGGACAGACACGGUCCCCCUGCAGCUGAACCCGAGCCUCUUGGCUCCUCCCCGAACGUUCCGACCGCUGCAAAACGACUCCAUAUCGCCGUGGACUUACAACUUCUCCCAGGAGGCCUCGGUGUUCCCGCCCGUGUCGGAGGCUCGCUGCCUGCUGCGAGGCUGCCUGGACUCCAACGGCGUGGAGGAUCUGAAUCUGAAGUCGGCGCCCAUCCUGCAUCAGGUGCUGCUGCUCCAUCGCCUCAAGUCGGAGGGGGCGGAGCCAGCUUACCACUACCGCUUGGAGCCCCGCGUCAUCGCCGUGGGUUGCACGUGCGUCCGCGAUCCUGUCCGGCUGCAAGAAAAGUGAUGACCUCAUGUCGCCCAUGCAGUCUUUCAUAAUAGAAUAUAUUUUAUAUAAAACAGGUAUCAUACCUGUACUUAUUUAUUACAUCAAAUAUUUUGUUUGUCAACUUUUAAUUUAUUACUGUACAGGAGGUGAACUGCUGUGACGCAGCAUAUAAGUCCUGCUUCUUCCUACUCCUUUUCGGACAGGGAUUGUGUAACUGUCAUCCCGCCACGUGACACUGUAUGCAAUAUUCCUAAUAAACUAAACCAUUUUGA